AUGGCAACCACUAACGACAUUCAAGAAAAAGAACCACCCACAACCGCCCUCGAGAAGCAAGUCAAGACUUUCGCCGCGGCCGUGGAAUGUCUCACUCGACAAAACCGCGACCUGGAAGAGCAACUACUCCAGAAGAACGCUGCACCAGACAACCAAGGAGCUGAUCAAGAAGGAACCAGCGCCGACAGAAGAAACCGGGAGGGACCCCAGGCCAGCAACGCCCCGAGCAAACCGAAGCAACAAAACAUGAGCCUCCCUUCCCUCACAAAGGCAGCUCCGCCACCUAUUAUUGCAGAGAUGCAGGCCAUGAAGGAACAAAUGGAGCGAGAGGAUGAAACUUUAAGAGCCUACAUAUCCCACUUCAACAAGGAGGCACUCUCGAUCGAUGAAGCCGUCGAUAAGAUACUCGUUGCGGCAUUCAUAAAUGGCUUGAAGAAGGGAAAGUUUUUGUUCUCCCUAUACAAAAAUGAUCCAAAAACGAUGUCGGAAGUACUUUAUCGUGCCACCAAGUAUAUGAACGCUGAAGACGCACUGUUAGCCCGAGAAGAGAGGCCCAGGAAAAGAGAAAGGCAGGAAGACACUAGGCAGGACCAAGGCCGAAAAAAUGCAAGAACAGGAGACCGAAGGGACGAGAGGCGCCCUAAGCCCCUGGGAGGAAGAUUCACGAGCUUCACUCCAUUGACAGCCCCGAUAGAUCAAGUCCUUAUGCAAAUCAAGGACGAGGAGGCCCUGACGUUCCCGGGAAAGUUGAAGAGUGAUCCUAACAAACGUUCUAGGGAUAAGUAUUGUCGUUUCCACCGCGACCACGGUCACGAUACAGCUGAUUACUAUGACCUCAAGCAGCAGAUUGAGGCCCUUAUCAGACAAGGAAAAUUGCAGAAAUUAGUUAGCAAGGAGAAAACGGAUUCACCCGCACAAGAACAACACCCCCGACAAGAUAAUGAGCGACCGAGGCCCCCAAUAGGGGACAUAAGGAUGAUCGUAGGAGGAACGGCGGUCGCUGGGUCGUCCAAGAAGGCCCGCAAGACCUACCUUCGGAUGGUACAAAAUGUUCAACUGACGGGAGUCGUGCCGAAGAUAGCACGAAGAGAAGGCCCUAUAAUUGGGUUCUCUGAGGAAGACACAUGA